AAAAAUCGGUGGACAAAACCAACAAAACAAAAACAAACACAGAAAUCUCCAACAGAAAAGGAUGAGACCUGAAAACCCAGACUCCGCCGGAGCCACCGCACCGCUUCUACCCAAAUUCCACUCACCGGAAAGCCCAUCUCCACGAUGCCUCACCUCAAUUUCCGGCGCCGUAUUCAACGUCUCCACAAGCAUGGUCGGCGCCGGAAUCAUGUCGAUUCCGGCCACGUUUAAGGUGCUGGGCGUAAUCCCUGGCUUCAUCCUGAUACUGAUUGUGGCUUUAUCGGUGGAGGUGACGGUGGAGUUCCUCUUGCGUUACACGAAUUCCGGUAAAUCGGUUACUUACGGCGGUCUCAUGGCGGAGUCGUUUGGGAAAUUUGGGUCGGUUGCGCUUCAAGUUUGUGUGAUGGUAACCAACCUUGGUGCGCUCAUCAUUUACUUGAUUAUAAUUGGGGAUGUCCUUUCUGGAAAUCAAUCUGAAGGAACAUUGCAUUUGGGGGUUCUACAAGGAUGGUUUGGCAUCCAAUGGUGGAACUCACGCGCAUGUGCACUCCUUUUCGUCGUGCUCUUCAUUAUGCUUCCAUUCCUCUUAUUACGUAGCAUAGAAUCCCUAAAACAUGCUUCAGGAGUUUCCAUUCUCUUAGCUGUUAUGUUUGUCGCCAUAUGCUCGGCCAUGGCAAUUCAUGCAAUGUGGGAGGGGAAAACACAAAGAUUAAGAUUGGUACCAGACUUUGCCAGAGUGUCCUUAUUUGAUCUUUUCACUACUCUUCCAGUAUUUGCCACUGGCUUUGCAUGCCAUAUAAGUGUUCAUCCGGUGAGAGCAGAGCUUGCUAGGCCUUCUGAUAUGAGUUCAGCAGUCAGGAUUUCUCUAGUACUGUGCGUGGUCAUCUACUUUGCUGUUGGCUUCUUCGGAUACCUUCUGUUUGGCGACUCAAUCAUGGCGGAUAUGCUAGUCAACUUCGAUCAAAAUUCCGAUUCAGCAAUCGGUUCGUUACUCAAUGACACUGUUCGGUUGAGCUAUGCAAUCCACCUGAUGAUGGUUUUCCCUGUCGUGAACUUCUCCCUCAGAGUCAACGUAGACGAACUUUUCUUCCCAAGGAAACCUGUUUUGGCCACAGACACCUUCAGAUUUGUAUCUCUUACCUGUGUUCUUCUUGCAUUCGUAUACUUAGUGGCGAUAGUUAUUCCCAACAUAUGGUAUUUCUUUCAGUUUAUGGGAACCACCACAGUAAUGUGCCUCAUGUUCAUAUUCCCAAGCGCGAUAAUUCUAAGAGACGUUCAUGGUAUAUCGACAAGGAUGGACAAGAUCUUGGCGGUUUUGGUAAUCAUAUUGGCCGUCGGGACGAGCUUGAUCGCUAUUUCCUAUAAUGUGUACAGUUCAGUUAGCAAGAAGUGAUUGUUUCUUUUUUCUUGGUCAGUUCAUUUUACAUCUAGGGGUAGUAGUCUCCCUAAACCUGCGUCUGGCCAAGACACUGUAACUUGUAACAUUGCUACCUUUCUUGAUGGGUUUGCUCGGGAUUAUGAUCGUCAA